GGGCCUUGAGGCUUUAGCUUUCCAUUCUCCCACCAUCCAAACAUGUACAAUUGUACAUGAGUAUUCAUCUUCGGUGUUCACCUUCCUUAGUCCCUACUCCCAUGUAAGUAGAACAACCACCAAAAUUUUCCUAAACAUUAUAAUCCCCUGCUUUGUUUCAAUGGCACCAACAACAGAACCCCAUAAUUUCAACAAUUUCAUCACCAAUUUUAUCCAAUCAACAUCCUCCAGUUUCUCAUCUUUCAUUCCCCACACACCCAAUUCAUCCCUUUCAAUACCCAUCAUUUCUACAACCUCUACUUCUCCUUUCAACAUCUUUCUCCCAUUUCCUCUUCCUUUCUCUGAGUCAACUCAGAAUGAUUCUCUUUUGCCCAAUUCCAAGAGUUCUGCUCACCUUCCUGGGAAACCUGAACCCGGGUCGGGUUUCCCUUCAGCGGUUCGAAUUGGAAAGCUGAGAUCUUCUGGUAAUGAUGCCAUAGGUGGGAGUGGUGGGCCCGCUUUUGUUGGUCAAGUAUUCAGUAUGUGUGACCUUAAUGGGACUGGUCUUAUGGCUGUAACUACUCAUUUUGAUAUUCCCUUUAUUUCUAAAAGAGCACCCGAGUGGAUGAAGAAGAUGUUUACCGCUAUAAUAAAGAAUGAGUCAUGUCCAGUCUUCCGUUUUUUUGUGGACCCAGGUGACGCAGUUUCCUUCGUUAAAAGACUAAACAUUCCUAGUGGCGUUGUGGGUGCCUGUGGACUCGAUUUAGCAUACAAGCAUUUCAAGGACAAACCCCAUCUUUUUCAGUUUGUUCCGAAUUCAAAGCAGGUGAAAGCAGCUAGCAAGAUUCUAAAGGGAAACAGAAUAGUAGGUGGGGGAAGGAUUGAUGGUGUUCCCGUUUUCUCUGCUCAGAAUUUAGAUGUUGCAAUAGCAACCCCGGAAGGAACUAAGUGGUACACUCCUUAUUUUUUUGAUAAAAGCACUCUUGAUAACAUUCUAGAGGAAUCAGUAGAUCAGCAUUUCAAUUCUUUGAUUCAAAGCCGUCAUGUGCAACGGCGGGGAGAUGUGAUUGAUGAUAACUUUGCAGAGGAAAUCAUCGAGGAGAGUGCAGAGAACAUAUGGGAGCCUACAGAGGUUCAGGAAUUGAUGGACGAGAUGGGCCAGCCUGGAAUUCCGUUAAGUGUCAUAUCGAAGGCUGCAGAAAUGGAGCUUUUGUAUGCUGUCGACAAAAUGCUUCUGGGAAAUAGGUGGUUGAGGAAGGCUACUGGGAUUCAGCCGAAAUUCCCAUAUAUGGUUGACUCAUUCGAGAGGAGGAGUGCUGUUUCACAGUCAAGAGCAUUUAAGAUAUCUACCUGUUCUGCAAACACAGAUACGAAAAGCGUAAAUGACUCGCCAGAGCAGUCUGCUUCUGCUCCGGUAGGACCAGAAAUCAAAGAUCAAGCUAUGCUGCAGCAAGCCGAUCUCUCAUCUCGAUGGAGAGAUUGGCUAAGACCACCUUGGUCGAAACCCCAACGCGAGACCAACAAAAUGGCGGAUUCAAGGGUUGUGGAUUCAUCUAGUGGCUACAUGAAGGAAGAGCUUCAAAAUAGCGCGCUUCUCCCAAGGGUAACGAUGGUUGGUAUUGCAACAACUGAGCUAGUGAGUAAAGCCAUUAUAAAGAAGACCAUGGAAGAUUUAAGCAAGGUAUUAGAGCAGGAAAGCCAUGGAAACUCUGACUCUAAGAGCUCGGAUAAGCAUUGUCAUGAGGAUCGAGAUCCUCUUUUUGUAGCCAACUUAGGGGACUAUUAUUCGAAUAAGUUAAAGACUGGUGUACCUCGUUGGCUUCAUGGCGUAAAGCCGUAAACAAAUCAAACACUUAAAAGGUAGUGCAAUCGGUUGUGUGCAUCGUGUAAGCAGGUUGAUACGAGUUAUAACACGCGAGACAACCAAAGGAAAUUUUGUUUGACGAGAAUAUGAUUCUUUCACGGAGUUCUGAUCCUGCUGUAUUUAUUUUUGAGGGAGUGGUUAGGUAUUCGGUGGGAGUUCGUGCAGCUACAGAAUGCUACAGGAAUUAAGUCAAUAAUGAGCAUUUGCAGAGAUUAACUGACGCAGUCGUAGAUAAGCUUAAUCGAAAUGUAGCAAAUCAAGCUCUAGGGUGUUAAGUAUCAUUGCAUUAUAUCUACUAGCAAACUCAUUAUGGUACAACAAAGUUUAGGAUAUGGUACCAUAUUGCAUAAAAAAGUUCACCCAAAUCCUUGUGAGAAACGGUUUCUUUGAGAGAUUAUCUUUAAUUGGGUCAAUUAAUUAUAUAUUAUUUAAAAUAUUGUAAGUAAGUAUUAAGAAUGAUGUAAGUAGACAUUUAAGAUAUUGUAAGUAGGCAUUAAGGAUACGGUAAGUAAGCAUUAAGAAUACAAUAAAUAGGCAUUAAUUUUUAA